GUGUGUGUGUGUGCGUGUGUGUGGUGUGUGACAGAGAGAGAGAGAGAGAGAGAGACACCUGCAGUGCAUACAUCAUAAACCAAAUGUCAGAGCUCAACUCAUCGCUGCGCUGAGCACAUCACAUACCAAUCCGUGGCGAGGGAGGUGCACCGGCUCUUAAAAAGGUUCCUCUGAUAAAUAUUCAACAGUUCCUCCGGAUCACUGAACACCGAGGGACGUCUUAACAGACAAUCACGUGAUCGUCCGACGCGAUUUCUGGGUUAUUGCUCCACAGACUUGUGACUACGAUGGGGAACUUAAUUCAAUCUGUCAUCAUUUUCUUCACUCUUCUCAGCUCAGCCACAGGUGCUGAGGUGGUAUACGGUCGGGUAGGAGAGACUGUUACCCUAGAGUCUCCAGCAGUGUAUACAUAUGUGUACUGGAAGUUUGGUAAAGAGGAUGGCCUUCAACUUGCCUGGCGAAAUCACUUAGGUGGAGGGGGAGUUAUUAAAGAUGUACCCUGGAAUGAUAUGUUGGCCUUGUCUGCCAACUCACUGACCAUCAAAAAAAUCCAACCAGAAAACUUUGGGACAUAUUUUUGUAUUGUAUUGACUCGGAACAGUGUACUUCCCACCAUCACUACCACCAACCUUAUCAAGCUUGAUGUGAGAAUGAACCCGUCCUCUCCUCUGCUGCCCGGGGAAUCUCUGACUCUGGCCUGCACCACGGAGACUCCUCAGGGUCUCAAGAAGCCUGAGAUUCACUGGCUGGAUCCCAGAGGAGAGAGAAUGAAAAAUAGCCAAGGAACAGUCAAGAUGAGAGUCAAGAGCCAAGACGAUGGCAUGUGGACCUGCUCUGUGGCAAACAAAAAACAGGUCCAAAUAUCUGUAAAAGUUGUUGACCUUUCUCCGGCUCCUUUACAUCCUCAGUAUACAUCGAAAUCAUCGCCCAUCACCGUCCCCUGUUCUAUUUCUCCCCACAUCACCUGGCAACAAAUCAAAGAUAAGGGCAUCCAGGAAGUUCACUGGCAAUUCUUCCCUAAACCAUCAUCAGGUCUCAGUGCCGGGGACCCACAGAGGCUCUUCUCCCUCUCUCUGGGAGACCCACUGAGCUGGAUCCCAGACGCACACAGAGAACUGAGGCCUGCACAAGACCCCAAAACAGGAAAUCUCGCCUUGACCAGAAAGCAAGGCAGAGAAGAAGACAGAGGAGACUACGUGUGCACUAUGAAAUUCAAAAACGGCGUGACCAUGAACAGGACUGUGCACGUGGAGGUGCUACAAAUCGUCUCCUCUCGUGGAACAGGCCUCGUUUCUGGCCAGUCGCUCAACCUGACUUGCAGCAUCGGUCGCCCACUGCCCUCUGACCUCCAACUGCAAUGGUCCCCACCUAAACCAUCGUCCCUGCCGUCACUGCAGUCUGACCGUCACCCUGCCCACCUCACCAUCCCCGGAGUGAGCACAGACGAUGGAGGAAAUUGGCGGUGUGCUUUGUGGCAGGGCAAAACGCGGCUGACGUCGGCUGCCAUCACCUUGAAGAUCGAACCCAAGCUGAGUGUGUGGAUGCUGGUGAUCAUAUGCAGUGCUGCAGUCAUCCCCAUCCUCCUCAUCAUCCUCGGUUUCAUCCUCUGCCGACGCAGACAUCGGAAGAUGCGACACCUCAGGCACCAACUCUGCCGAUGCAAAAACCCCAAGCCUAAAGGAUUCUACAGAACAUGACAUUUCCCAGAGAAACAUUUUCAAGAGGACAUGGCAACCAAUUGAAUUUCUGUACAGAUAAGAUAGAUUUUUUUUCUCUCUCUCUGUCAUAUCUACUUAUCUCUGAAGCUCUGUUCACUGUUUUAGAUGAGGGUCUGAAGGUUUGAGUCAAAGUUCUGUCAUCGUUGAGAUGUAAGAUAACACGCUGUUAUCAUAGAAAUUGUAUUUUUUUAUUUUACAGUUGUAUAUAUCAGCCAGUUUGGAUUAUUUUCAUCAACUUUUUGUUGAAAUGUUUUAUAUUCCAUUUAAUCAUAUUAUUAUUUGUGACUAUUAAUGUAAACAACUGUUCAUAUUACACUUGAUUUAAAUUCUAAUGUUGGCUUCAGGUAUUUUAGACUUAUUGCUGUGUGGUGUAUUUUUUUAUGGGUCCAUAAUACUGCAUUGAAAUGCUGGGUUACUUUCUGCUAUAAAUAUGUACAUGUCAGAUAAUGAUACUUUAUUACAAAAAAAUAAAACCUUUGACAGAA